AUGAGUAAUUCUUCCCUGCUUGAUAUUGUUCGCCAAAAAUUAACCGUCAGUGCUAAUGAAUUUCGUAGCAAUUGUCUCUAUUAUACUACGGACAAAAUAAGCGUUAUGGAAUUAAGCACUAUUUUGAAAAAAAAUGCUAAUUAUUGUCGCAAUACCGGAAUUAAAUUAGAAAAAAAAAGGGGGAUGAGUUGGCGAGAAACCAUUACGGAAUAUUUAACUGAGAUUGAUAGAGGAGCGCAGUUAAAUGAACGCCCGCCAAUUGUUAGCAUCAUGGGACAUGUUGACCAUGGCAAAACUACUUUGUUAGACACUAUUCGUAAUACCCAUUUACAAGAGAAGGAGGUAGGAGGAAUAACCCAAAAAAUUACUGUUUCACCCAUUACUUUUCACCAAAAGAAAAUUAUUUUUUUGGAUACGCCGGGCCACAGUGACUUUAUGCAAUUACGUCAGCACGGAAUUUCUUUAACGGAUCUGGUGGUUUUGGUAAUUAGUGCUAGUGAGGGAAUAAUGCCGCAAACCAAUGAGAUUAUUACUUAUCUGCGUGAAUACCACUUACCAGUUAUUGUUUUCAUUAAUCAUAAAAAACCAUCAGAAACAGACAACGAAAGAGUUUUAAAUAAAAUUAAAACGCAAUUACAAGAAAGAGAACUAAAUCCUCUCGAUUGGGGCGGCGAAAUAAUUGUUGUUUCCGGUAGUGUUAAAAAAAAGGAGGAUGUAGAACAUCUUUGUGAAAACAUUCUUCUUUUAGCCGACUAUAAAACCAAUUGGCAGCGUCCGGCCAGUGGCGUAGUGAUUAAUAGUUAUUCUCAUCCCCAAGCCGGAACUAUGUUGACUGAAUUACUAAUUCAAGGAGGACGUUUGCAAGAGAAAAACGAGAUUUUUCUCAACGGAAGAUUAGGUUCAGUCAAAAUAAUUUUCGAUCUGACGGGACGGAAGUUGAGCCAGGCUUUUCCGGGCGAUUUAGUGCGGAUAGUUGGUUGUAAUUUUCCUGCCGAGUUAGGAAACAAAUUUCUGAAUGUUAAUUUGAUUUUUUUGGCUGAUAGCCAAAAUAGUUUGGAAGUUUUGAAUAGUUUGGUUAAAGAUAUUAAUAAUUUUUCGGUAGUUCAUUCAACUGUCGGGAAAAUCACUGAUUCAGUAUUAAAUUUAGCCAAAAUUACUCAAAGUAUUAUUUUGGCUUUCGGUUACCAGUUUUCGACAGUCCAAGAAAAAAUUUUUCGGGAAAAUCACCUCACUUUUUUUAGUAGCAAAAUUAUCUACGAAAUUACCGACAAGUUAAAAAUAAUUCAACGAAAUCAGCAACGAGAAAAAAAAUUAGUGGAAAAAAUAAGAGGAGCGGCCCAGGUUAGCCAAAUUUUCCAUUUUUCCAAGGUUGGGAAAAUUGCGGGUUGUCAAGUAAUAAGCGGCAAGAUUGCCCGUAAUAACUUAGUUCAUGUUUUUCGGAACGAAAAACCGCUGUUUACUGGCUCGAUUCGUAGCCUGGAAAGUAAUAAAGUAACAGUUAAGGAAGUUGUGAGUGGUCAAGAAUGCGGAAUCGUGUUGAAAGGAUUUAGCGAUUUUCAAAUCAAUGAUCAAAUUGUGGCUUUCCAAAGACAAGAAGAGAGACCAACUUUAUCCGGAAAAUCGGCUUUGGCUAAUGUUUUGACUAAUACUGAUAAAUUUUUCGAAGGUAGGAUUGGUUGGAAUAUAACUUCACAAGUUCAGGUGGAAGAAUUUUUUUCCGAAAUAACUGAUGCUGAGGGCCAAACUAUAACUUAUCGGGUAAUAGACUUGCCCGGAACCGAUAAUACUAAGUUAAGCCUCGCCGAAUUAUUUGCCGAAAUAAAAAAGGCUUUGGAAGAAUGUGGGGCACAAUUACACCAAAUUUUUUUCCUCUAUCCCGGACGCAGUAGUAAUCAGCAAAUUACCAAAGCCUACAAACUAUUAAAGAAAAUUAUUUCUCCGUCCGAAGACGAAGCCUGA